UUGGCGCGUGCAGUGGUGGUCUCGGUUGGAAAAGAGUUUUUAAAAGAAGAUUCUCAAAACAAUCAGGCGUCAUUUCAUAUCAAAAAUUCGUUGAAAAUGUUAAGCGUUAUGUGAGUCGCACUUGCGCAGUGACGCGAGAAGAACACAAACAAAACUUUGAAGAAACAUACUAGAAUUCUCCUCAUUGUAUGUAUAUCGUGUUUUUUUUUAGUUUUUUUAUUCUUGUGACCAAGUGAUAAGCUCUUAUCCAAAAUAAUAAAAAUAAAAAAUUAAGCAAAGCCGCGUAACCUAGUUUCCGUCUUGAUAAAGAGACCUUCAAUCAACAAACUGCCCGGCCAUGGCACGAUAUUUUUCCCAAGCUCCUGCGGCUAGAGUGGUGUUGGUCCUCUAUGCUCUAUGCCUCAUCAAUUGGAGUGAUGCAACUCCAUAUUGCCCCGCUGGAUGCAAUUGCUUUCAACGAACGGCUCGCUGCAUUAAAGCCCGUCUAACCGAAAUACCCCAAGUUCCGAGGGAUACACAAGUCCUAGAUUUGCGUUUCAAUCAUUUUGAGAAGCUGCCGGCGAAUGCAUUUAGUGGUCUGGGACAGUUGACAACUUUGUUCCUCAAUGAGAAUGAGGUGGCGCAUUUAGAGGAUGGAGCCUUUGAUGGUCUAACAGCAUUGAGGUUCCUCUAUUUGAACAAUAAUCGCCUAAGCCGCUUACCGGAGAACAUCUUUCAACAUUUGUCGCGACUAGAGACACUCUACUUGGAAAAUAAUGACCUAUGGCAAUUGCCCAACGGUGUCUUUAGUAAUCUACCGCGUCUCAAUCGACUUUUCCUCUACAACAACAAGCUGAAUCAAUUGCCAGUAGAUGGAUUCAACAAAUUGCAUAGCUUGAAGCGUCUGAGAUUGGAUGGCAAUGCCAUUGAUUGCAAUUGCGCCGUCUUUUCACUCUGGCGUCGCUGGAAUUUGGAUGUCCAGCGUCAGUUUGUGACCAUAACAUUGAGCUGUGCCGAGCCCAAAGCCUUGGAGCAUCAAAGCUUUACCAGUCUCAGUGAGCAACAUUUUGAAUGCGCUAAACCACAACUGUUGGUAUCCCCGCGAGAUGUUGAGGCAAUUAGCGGUGAAUUGGUCCAACUUGAUUGCGAAGUUAGCGGCCUGCCGAGACCUCAAAUCACUUGGAUGCACAACACCAAUGAGAUCAGCGAGACUGAAUCCAAGACACAAAUCCUCCUAAGCGGCACACUGGUGAUACACGAUGUGAAUGCCAAUGACAUGGGCAUCUAUCAGUGCCUAGGUCGCAAUGAGAUGGGCGAAAUAAAGUCACAGCCAGUGCGUCUGGUGGUGGUGGCAGAGGCGAAAGCGGCUGGGAACGGCAAUGCCAAUGUGAACUCUGACAACAAGCUACGCAAUAGCAAUCAGGUGUGGGCGGAUACGGAAUCGCCACCACAAUUCACCCAUCAGCCGCAUGACCAAAUUGUGGCUCUUCAUGGUGGUGUCGAGCAUGUGCUGCUCGAUUGCUCAGCCUCGGGCUGGCCACAGCCGGACAUACAAUGGUUCAUCAAUGGUCGCCAGCUAACCCAGUCCACAAGCACACAGCAAUUGCAGGCGAAUGGCAGUCUGAUUCUGGUCCAACCCACACAAAUGACAGCGGCCACGUAUCGCUGCGAGGCGCGGAAUCGUCUGGGCAGUAUUCAGGCUACAGCACGAAUCGAGGUGAAGGAUUUACCCGAAAUUCUAAUGGCACCACAAAAUCAAACAAUCAAACUGGGCAAAGCUUUUGUACUGGAAUGUGAUGCCGAUGGCAAUCCAUUGCCUACUAUCGAAUGGCAGUUCAAUGGCCAGCCAUUGCUCGAAAGCACCAAGGAUAUUUUAUUGGAGAACGAGAACACCGAACUGGUUGUUAGCAUUGCCAAGGAGCAUCAUGCUGGCAUUUACCGCUGUGUGGCCCGCAAUGAGAACGGUGAGACAAGUGCCCAGGCCGCAAUUAAAGUGGAAGCUUCGCAAUCCCCACCUCGUCUGGCCAUCGAGCCAACCAAUUUGGUGGCCAUAACGGGCACAACCAUUGAGUUGCCCUGUCGUGCCGAGCACCCCGAAGACGGUUUGCAGAUUACUUGGCGACGGGAUGGACGUCUGAUUGAUCCGCAUGUCCAAGCGAUAGAGAAGUAUCAAAUAAGUGGUGCCGGCAGUUUGUUUGUCAAGAAUGUGACCAUUCUCGAUGGCGGACGGUAUGAAUGCCAGCUAAAAAAUCAAUUUGGUCGUGUCUCGGCUUCCGCUUUGGUCACCAUAAGAAACAAUGUGGACUUGGCUCCGGGAGAUCGUUACGUACGCAUUGCAUUCGCCGAGGCAGCCAAAGAGAUCGAUGUCGCUAUCAAUAAUACACUGGACAUGUUGUUCUCGAAUCGUUCGGCGAAAUCGCCACCGAAUUAUGGUGAAUUGUUGCGUGUGUUCCGUUUCCCGACUGGCGAGGCCAGGCAAUUGGCUCGGGCGGCAGAGAUCUAUGAACGAACUUUGGUCAACAUUCGGAAGCAUGUGCAACGCGGCGAUAAUCUGACCAUGGAUAGCGAGCAAUAUGAGUUUAGGGAUUUAUUAUCACGCGAGCAUUUGCAUUUAGUGGCCGAACUGUCCGGUUGUAUGGAGCACCGCGAGAUGCCCAAUUGCACCGAUAUGUGCUAUCAUUCGAAAUACCGCAGUGUGGAUGGAACCUGCAACAAUUUGCAGCAUCCCACAUGGGGGGCAUCCUUGACGGCCUUCCGUCGCUUGGCUCCGCCCAUUUAUGAGAAUGGUUUCAGCAUGCCGGUGGGUUGGACCAAGGGAAUGCUCUAUGCUGGCUAUACGAAGCCAAGUGCUCGCCUUGUCUCGACGACAUUGGUGGCCACGAAAGAGAUAACUCCGGACGCUAGGAUAACCCAUAUGGUUAUGCAGUGGGGACAGUUUCUGGAUCACGAUCUUGAUCAUGCUAUACCCUCGGUUAGUUCGGAAAGCUGGGAUGGCAUUGAUUGUAAGAAAUCAUGCGAAAUGGCUCCGCCAUGCUAUCCGAUCGAGGUGCCGCCAAAUGAUCCUCGAGUGGUCAAUCGCCGUUGCAUUGAUGUGGUUCGUUCUAGUGCCAUUUGUGGCUCGGGCAUGACAUCCUUGUUCUUUGAUAGUGUCCAGCAUCGUGAGCAGAUAAAUCAAUUGACCUCCUAUAUAGAUGCCUCGCAGGUUUAUGGUUACAGCAAUCCAUUUGCCCAGGAGUUACGUAAUCUCAGCACAGAUGACGGGCUCCUGCGUGAGGGUGUUCAUUUCCCCAAGCAAAAGGCCAUGCUGCCAUUUGCUGCCCCCCAAGAUGGCAUGGAUUGUCGUCGCAAUUUGGAUGAGAAUAAAAUGAAUUGCUUUGUGUCUGGAGAUAUUAGGGUAAACGAGCAAGUCGGUCUGCUAGCCAUGCAUACCAUUUGGAUGCGUGAACACAAUCGCUUGGCAACCAAACUAAAAGAGAUUAACCCACAUUGGGAUGGCGAUACUUUGUAUCAGGAGGCCCGUAAGAUAGUUGGCGCCCAAAUGCAGCACAUCACAUUCAAGCAAUGGCUACCCCUUAUCAUCGGCGAGAGUGGCAUGGCCAAAUUGGGUGAAUAUAAGGGUUAUAAUCCCCAAGUGGAACCCAGCAUAGCCAAUGAGUUUGCCACAGCCGCUUUGCGUUUUGGUCAUACCAUAAUUAAUCCCAUUUUGCAUCGCUUAAACGAAACAUUCCAGCCCAUUGCCCAGGGUCAUCUACUGUUGCACAAGGCAUUUUUCGCUCCUUGGCGAUUGGCCUAUGAGGGGGGUGUUGAUCCCUUGAUGAGAGGUAUGCUGGCUGUGCCUGCCAAACUCAAAACUCCUAGCCAAAAUCUCAAUACCGAGUUGACUGAGAAGCUAUUCCAAACGGCUCACGCUGUUGCCUUGGAUCUGGCUGCCAUUAAUAUACAACGUGGCCGCGAUCAUGGUAUUCCUGGUUACAAUGUCUAUAGGAAAUUCUGUAAUCUUCCUGUGGCCAAGGACUUUGAGGAUCUUGCCAGUGAGAUAAGCAGUCCUGAGAUUAGGCAGAAAAUGAAAGAUCUGUAUGGUCAUCCAGAUAAUAUUGAUGUCUGGCUGGGCGGUAUUUUGGAAGAUCAGGUUGAGGGGGGCAAGGUGGGACCUCUAUUCCAGUGUCUAUUGAUAGAACAAUUCCGACGUCUGCGAGAUGGCGAUCGAUUCUAUUACGAGAACCCCAGUGUCUUCUUGCCCGAGCAACUAGUCCAGAUUAAGCAAUCAAAUUUCGGCCGUGUCCUUUGCGAUGUGGGAGACAAUUUCGAUCAGGUGACUGAGAAUGUAUUUAUCUUGGCAAAACAUCAGGGUGGCUAUAAGAAAUGUGAGGACGUGGCCGGUGUUAAUCUAUAUCUCUGGCAAGAUUGUGGCAAUUGCAACAGUUUGCCGCCCAUUUUCGAUACCUACGUACCCCAAACGUAUGUCAAGAGGCGUCAAAAGAGAGAGAUCUCUGAGAAGCAUGACGUUUCUAACACUGCCGAAAGCUAUGACAGUUCCCUGGAAGCCUUGUACGAUGUGAAUGAAGAACGUGUCAGUGGCCUGGAGGAGCUUAUUGGCAGCUUCCAAAAGGAAUUGAAGAAGUUGCACAAAAAACUACGAAAAGUGGAGGAGGCUUGCAAUGCCGGCGAUGGGGACCAACCACAACUGCAACAACCUGUGCCCCAGAUAGUCCAGCUGGCACCAGCCCCAGCGCCAGUUUCGAUAAAACCCAAACGCAGUCACUGCAUCGAUGAUAAUGGCACUACGCGUCUGAAUAAUGAGGUCUGGUCGCCGGAUGUGUGCACAAAAUGCAAUUGUUUCCAUGGCCAGGUGAACUGUUUGAGGGAAAAAUGCGGUGAGGUUAGCUGCCCCGUGGGCAUUGAACCCUUGACGCCGCCCGAGGCCUGUUGCCCACAUUGUCCUCCCGCUGUUGCUGCUGCUCCAUCCCCGCCACAGAAGUAAAAUCAUCCCAAAAAUAUGCAUAUCGACUUAACAAUUAAUCCGUAGUAGCCACAUUAAAUCUAAUCGCACAUAAAAAAGAAAAUAAACAAAACAAAACGAAACAAAUUAACUAACAACAACAAUGUACUGCUACACAAUGUAAUAAAAUAAAGCACAUUCAAAUCUCUUA